CCCGCGUUGCUAGUGCAGCUGCCGGUCGCUGCCUUCUCCCUGGUCUUCAUGGCGAUGCUUUGCUUAAGAUGCAGAGACAGGCGUCCGCUGGGUGAGCUCAGUUACUACGGUUACCCUACAGUUUCUAUGGUAUACUUGUCAUUGCUAUGGUUACACUGACAAAGCAACGGCUCCCGGGUCGUAACGUGUGUUCCAUCAGCCAGCAGAGGUUGUUCCAUCGGGGGUGGGUGGGUAGGCAGAGCAAGCGCAACAGAUUCGCCCUUCAACUCAACUUAGGUGUGAAGCGGCAUGCUGUUUUUUCCGGUCCCUGCCAGAGUUGCCCCUAAACCCAACUGCCAACUGACUGACAUCACACAGGCCUCCACUGUUUGGAUUUCUGGGAAUCAAGGUCCAACAACACACCUGUGAUUACAUUUGAACACCGUAGCUGUAGCCGUAAAGAAACGAAGCAGAGGUCUUCGAGACCAUUUUCAAUUAAGAUUCCCCAAAUUGCCCAAACCAUAAAAAAAUUAAAGAAAAUGAUCAAAGUAACGUUAAUCCAUAUAUUUUAUUGAAUGAAAUGCUAUGUCAUUUAUUUUCAUGCCAUAAGCAUAUGUUUCAUUGUCCUUUGCUUACAACAGGUGGGUCCAGCUGUGAUUCAUCAUUACAAGUCUGUCAAUCAAAUUGUUCAUCAUAUCUAUAACUUCAUUAUUUUCUCUUCAAACGUGUGUAGUGAUCCACCAGGGGGCACUUUCUGAUGAUUAUGUACAGUAAGAAAGUCUUCAUCACCGUACCUUCCUCACGCUCACAUACAUGUAGCGUUUUUAGCUUCCUCCUCAUCAAAUCAUGUGUAAUUAUCUUUGUUAAAUAUAUAAAAUUAAAAUAUAUCUCUGGGACUUCUCCCCCCGUCAGGCAGAACACCUUCAGAGUCAUCCACCCAUACCAAAACUCAACCGGAGCCGGCGGUAUCCCCUCCCCCCUCUUUCCAAGUUCUCCUGUGGUUCCAGAGCGACGCCCAUCUUUCACGCCAACAGAAAACGAGAGCAUUCCAAGUUACAUCACUCCAGUAGAAGAACAGGAUCCAUUUCAAGAUGACUACAUCGAGGUCUUGGAAGACCCACCUCGUGACGGACCCGGUGUGGAGACUCAGAGCGUGGACUCAGGAUCAGCGACCGAGGGGGACUAUGUGAACUGGGACAAGAAGAACCAGGAGAACCAGGACCUGAGCGAGGAUGACUCAGCAGACAACUACAUCAACGUGCCUCCGCGGAACUCAGACCAAAACUCCACCGGAGCCGGCGGUAUCCCCUCCCCCCUCUUUCCAAGUUCUCCUGUGGUUCCAGAGCGACGGCCAUCUUUCAUGCCAACAGAAAACGCAAGUACGGAUAGCGACUAUGACAACGACGAAGGGGACUACGUCAACCAGCCGGUAGGACUACACCUCCGUGACAUAACCUACCCUCACUCUCCUGCCGGCCACCCUCAACCAUGCCCCGCCUCUCUCUCCUUUCAGGUGUUUGACAUCCAGCAUUCAAUCUGAUUGGACGAAGCCUAUUGACACAGAAGAGGUUCACAUAUUCUAUUUGAUGAAUAUGUGAGAGUCUCGUGUCUCUGCUGGGGAAGAGAGAAAUGACAAUAUGGGUGACUGCAGUUGUUUUUAGAGUUGGUGUGGAAAGAUACAGGCUCUGUCUAAAUGCUGGAUCAGUCUGCUGUUCAUAAGGAAUGGAAAUGCAUUUAGUGCCCCCCCCCACACACACACACACAGUAAAGCGCUUUGGGUAUCUUGAAUAGCGCUAUAAAACUGCAAUUAAUAUUUGUUCACCUUGUGCUAAGACGGCAUUUACCCAUUCAUGUCCAAAUCCAACCCUAGCUGUUAAACAAAUGCAAUUGCAUGCGUCACUCUGCUAUGAUUGGCUGUUGGGAAGUGACUCUGCUGUGAUUGGUCGAUUUGUUAAUGCUUUAUUGUGGACCUGCUGACUCUCCUGAGAAUGUUUAGAGUUGAACCUGUUGUAUUUAUAUGUUGUGAGCACUGUAGAUCCCUAGCUGCAAGGCCUUCUGUCCUGACAAUUAAACUCCUCAAACCAUCUCGUCUCGCCGUUUGUGUUCGCUUGGACUUAAACCAGACGUCUUCGUACGGGGAAUCAAACACUUGGGGGGGAAACGACGGGUUGAGAUUGAAAAGUGUAUUUUUUUAUUUGUCAUUAUUUUAUGAAGAGGUUUCUGCUCUUCGUCCUUGUCUUCCUCUUCCUCGCACAAGCUCCUCUUCAACCCCAGAGGAAGACACUUUCUACUCUCUUUAGUAAAAGAACGACUAAAAUGGAUUAAAAUGAGUUUGUUU